CUCUGGAGUCGGAAGAAGGGAGCGGUUGGGAGCAGAGAGAACAGUUGCGAUAUUAUUGUCAUCAAAAUCUCGUUGUUUGCACGAUAGCAGCUUAUAUCCAGAUAAACUACACAACCAUCAACCAUGGAGUUAUCUGAAAUACUGUACAACAAAGCGGAGUAUAUCGAAACGGCUUCUGGCAACAAAGUGAGUAGGCAGUCAGUGCUGUGUGGGAGCCAGAAUAUCGUCCUGAACGGCAAGACCAUUGUAAUGAAUGACUGUAUCAUCAGAGGAGACCUGGCCAACGUCAGGGUGGGCAGACACUGUGUUGUCAAGAGUCGCAGUGUCAUCCGACCACCUUUCAAAAAGUUCAGCAAAGGGGUGGCUUUCUUCCCUCUGCAUAUCGGAGACCACGUCUUCAUCGAGGAGGACUGUGUGGUCAAUGCUGCACAGAUAGGGUCCUAUGUCCACAUCGGCAAGAACUGCGUCAUAGGUCGCCGCUGUGUGCUGAAGGACUGUUGUAAGAUCUUAGACAACACUGUGCUUCCUCCUGAGACCGUCGUCCCGCCUUUCACUGUCUUCUCUGGAUGCCCAGGUCUGUUUUCAGGCGAGCUCCCAGAAUGCACUCAGGACUUGAUGAUUGAUGUAACUAAGAGCUACUAUCAGAAGUUCCUACCCCUCAGCCAGAUCUAGGUCCCACCCCCUAAUCUUCCACCAUGGCUACCCCAUCCCCUCCUCAACCAGUUGCAGGCCGGGUUCAGGAUCUCUCAUCAGAGUGCUGUGUACUCUUGGAGAUCUCACCUGCCCCUCUCCUUCACUACCCAGAAGCCCUGAGUUUCUCCGCCUGAAGAAAUCCAUUUGGCUCUGCAGAUAGUCAACAAAUAGGGAGAGAUUCCACCCACAAGAUUAUGUGAGGCCACCUCCAGGGGGCGACGUACAGCUCUAAAAGUGGAAAUCUAGUGGAAAUCUGCUGAAACUGACAUAAUUUUACAACCUCUGAUUUCACAUCAUCUCAUAAUCAUGACUUCAUCAUAAAUAUUGGGCCGUGUAACAAUGACAGUGACCACCAUACACUCAAUGGCCACUUUAUCAGGUCCACCUGUACAGUCUAGUGCAGUUCAGGUCAACAGCUCUGCCAUUAAUUCUACCUUUUAAGGAAGUUUAUAAU